AUGGGAAAGCAAAAUAGUAAAUUGAAGCCGGAAAUUUUGGAAGAUUUACGUCAACAUACUGAAUUUACCGAACAUGAACUACAAGAAUGGUAUAAAGGAUUUCUAAAGGACUGUCCAAGUGGCACUUUGACAGUAGAAGAAUUUAAAAAGAUCUAUGGCAACUUUUUCCCAUAUGGUGAUGCAUCCAAGUUUGCCGAACACGUCUUCCGUACUUUCGAUACUAAUAGUGAUAAUAGUAUAGACUUUCGCGAAUUUAUCAUCGCUCUGUCGGUGACUUCGCGUGGUAAAUUAGAAGAGAAAUUAAAAUGGGCGUUUAGCAUGUAUGACCUAGAUGGCAAUGGCUACAUCUCUCGACAAGAGAUGUUGGAAAUUGUCCGAGCAAUUUAUAAAAUGGUUGGUAACGUUAUGAAAAUGCCUGAGGACGAGAGUACACCAGAAAAACGUACAGAUAAAAUUUUUAGGCAAAUGGAUAAAAAUUCUGAUGGUAAGCUAUCUCUUGCUGAAUUUAUAGAGGGCGCCAAAAGCGAUCCGUCUAUCGUUCGAUUAUUACAAUGCGACCCUAGUGGCGUCGGACAAGUUAUGUAA